AUGUCUGAUGGUAGGUGUGUCUUUAAUGUUCUGAAAGAGUCUGGGACAUCGAGGUUUGUCAAGAGCCUGACUCCUGAUAGUGCCGUUCCCAAUGUAAAAAGAGCCAUAGCAUUGGCGGAAUCUCAAGAUGUGAAGAAAAGAGUACUUCCCUUCCAUCAGCCCAGGAACGUUUCUCGAGGGUGUCAUUUUGCAUAUACCUUGCCUGAACAGAGGCCUCAUUAUAGGACACUUUUGAAAUCUGUGCAAACGCAUGCGGACAUGGAUUUAAAGAUGGAUGAAAAAUUAGAAAAAUUACUUAGCGGUGAGCAGGUUUACUACGACGAAAGCCAAGGGAUUUUCCCCUACAGUACAGCAUAUGCUGGAUUUCAAUUUGGUACAUUUGCAGGUCAAUUGGGAGAUGGUAGAGUGGUGAAUUUGUUUGAUGUGCAAGACAACAAGGGUAAUUGGCAGACUUUGCAGCUGAAAGGCAGUGGACUAACACCAUUCUCAAGGUUUGCCGAUGGUAAGGCCGUGUUGAGAUCUUCCAUUCGUGAGCUAAUUAUCAGUGAGGCAUUAUAUCACAUUGGGGUGCCUUCUAGUAGAGCGUUACAAUUGACACUUUUACCCGAGACUAGAGCAUCUAGAGAGAGAAAGUCUGAACCAUGUGCAGUUUUGUGCAGGGUUGCUCCCACUUGGUUGCGUAUAGGUAGUUUCGAUCUUUUCAGAUUUAGGCCUCAUCUGAAAGGAUUGUUGGGUUUAACCCAUUUUGCGAUCGAUGAAGUAUUUAAUGGUGGUAAAGAUUUCCCACGUAAGAGGGAUCUCAACAUUUUUAGAAAAGAUUUCUUUCCCAACGAUGGUAUCGAGCAAGGUGCAGAAGCAAGAAAUCCAGUGGAAGGAUCCACAAUUUACGAUGAGUUCUACAGGCAUGUGAUUAACUUAAAUGCCAAAUGUGUCGCAUCUUGGCAGACAUACGGAUUUAUGAAUGGUGUGCUCAACACAGAUAAUACAUCUAUCAUGGGGCUUAGUCUAGAUUAUGGACCUUUCAAUAUCAUGGAUCAGUUGAAGCCAGAUUUUACGCCAAAUCACGACGAUAUUGCAGGUAGAUAUUCUUUUGAAAAUCAACCCAGUGCUAUCUGGUGGAAUUUGAUCAUGCUGGGUCAUGAUCUCUCGGUGUUGAUUGGUGCAGGCCCUAGUCACAUUGACAAGAUAUUAUCGAUGCAGGAAUUAUCUGAAGAAUUACCCGCCGAAGUUGAGAAAGAAGUAGUGAAUCGUGCAAAUGAUGUCAUUGCACUUGCCGGUAAUGAGUACAAGUUUACUUUUCUCAGUGAAUAUGCUAAUUUGAUGGGUAAACGUAUCGGAAUAGAUUUGGGGUUGAGCUCCGAUUUGACAAACGCUGAAGAAAUUGCGGCUCAAAGCAGUCAAGUGCAUGAUUUCUUAUCAAAUAUAUUAGAGCCAUUACUGAAUAUCCUAGAGACUACAGAAGUUGAUUACAAUCAUUUCUUUGUGAAAUUGCAAAACUACAGAGGACCGCUCUUUGAUGAUGAUGGUGCCGAAGGUUUGAGUAGAAGCUUUUUAUCACUGUUUUUGCAUGCUCCCCAGAUUGAACAACUUCAGGCAUUUAAAUCAGGAGAGAUCGAUAUCAACGCUGAUUCCGGCGGUGUACGUAUUGUAAUGGGUACGGUAGAGCGUUUGUCGCAAUGGGCUAAGGAAUAUGUUAAGUUUGUUCCAGAUGAGCAAAAACGUUCAGAGAUCGCCAAAGAGGUUAAUCCACUUUUCACACCUAGAGCUUGGAUGUUUGACGAAGUCGUUGAUGACUUUAUGGACAACCAAAGAACUGAGCUGAAUGAUCCAGAGUCAAAGAUUGAUAAUUCCCUAUUGAGCAAAUUGUUCUUAAUGAGUUCUAAUCCUUAUGACCCCAGUAAAUGGGAGGAAUCCUUGAGACCAGAUGUUCAAGAAAGAUGGAUGAAUUUAGAACAUGAAAGUAUAAGAGAAAAGUAUUUGAAGCAAGCUACUUGUUCUAGUUGA